GCCCCACACAAAUGCUCCGACAAUCGAGAAGAGACGAUCGGACAAUGGUCGGGCUCCGGCCCCAUUUCGUCCUCCUCUUCGUCCUCACUCUCCUCCUCUCCGCAUUCUCCGACGCUUCGCACUGCUCAUCGACUCAAGGUUUAUCACUAGUGAGGAACAUCAGCGAGCUGCCACAAGAUAACUAUGGAAGGGGAGGUUUAUCUCACAUAACUGUUGCAGGUUCGUUCAUGCAUGGGAUGAAAGAGGUUGAGGUGUGGCUACAAACCUUUUCUCCCGGUACUCACACGCCAAUACAUCGGCAUUCUUGUGAAGAAAUUUUUGUUGUCCUCAAAGGGAGUGGUACUCUCUAUCUUGCCUCAGAUUCUCAUGGAAAGUACCCUGGAACACCUCAAGAGUUCUCUAUCUUUUCGAACAGCACGUUUCACAUCCCGGUUAAUGAUGCUCACCAGGUAUGGAAUACAAACAAACAUGAGGAUUUGCAAGUUCUUGUCAUCAUAUCUCGUCCACCAGUAAAAGUGUUCAUAUAUGAAGACUGGUUCAUGCCUCAUACUGCUGCAAAACUGAAGUAUCCUUACUACUGGGAUGAGGAAUGUCUCAAAGCUUCUAGGAAGGAUGAGCUUUGAUGUCCUUGCACUCCUGCCAAUUUGUUACUGUUUAUGUCCCAUGGUGUGCUAAGAGGAUAUAUACGAGAGAUGGAGCUUGGAAAGGCAUUGUGUCCUUGUCCGAUAUCAAAACUUAGCCAGGCUUGUAAAUUUAAUUGUCAGCAACUAUAUCUGCCCCAAUGUUCGAUCUCUGUUCGACGCAUAUGACUGCAUAUAUAGGAGGACCAUCUCUUGGUUCAUCUUCAUGUACUGUCCGGAGCCAGUGACACAUUUUAUUGCAUACGAAGUGCGGAUCAUUCUGGAAGCUGCGAAAUUUGAGCCUGAAAAGCG